UUUUUUUUUUUUUUUAAGAAGAAAAAAUAAUAAACUUAGUUUCUGUACGAGCAUCCGCGUAAGGAGGCUUCUGAUUUUCUGGUCUGGUGGAGGGCUGGGUGGGAACUUGGGCAUCGUUAUUCUCCUCUCUUGCUCUUGCAAAGACCCUAGCACCUGAUCUUUAGCCCAGGAUUGUAUAUUUGAGGUAGAAAUCUACCGAAGAGGAAAGAUUGGCGAAUCUGAUGUAGGGUGCCUUUCUCUAGUCAGUUUGAAGUCACAGACGUCCUUUUCAUCUCCUUUUUGUUCCCUUUGUUCCUGGACUUGACUUGGAGCUCUCUGAUGCCUCAGACCUUUCCCGUGAAUCCCUCUUGCUCAGGUGCUUCCUUUCACUCCUUUUUCCAGAGGGCAGGCAUCCUAGCUCCAGUUGCUCCAUCCCUUGGCCCUUGCCUGCUUUUCAUCUAGCCAAACUGGUUUUAGUCAGCCACACCCCUUCCCAGCUCCCUGGCUUCUUCAGGUGGUGGCUGGCCACCCAACCCCACCCCUGGACUUGGCUUGGAGCCCUGAGUCAGCUCCAUCACCACCCAAGCCAAACCAAAGCUGAGGCGGGAGCCGAAACUCAGAGUCCCUCAAGGCCUAUAGCCAGGUGAUGGAGGACGAGGAGAAGGCAGUGGAGAUCUUGAUGAGCAACACGGAAGCUGCUCAUUCUCCAUCCCCCAUCCGCUGCUGCUGGCUCCGCCUCCGCUGCUUGGCAGCUGCUAGCAUUAUCUGUGGCUGCUCUUGCCUGGGAGUCAUGGCUCUGGUGUUUGCCAUCAAGGCGGAAGAGCGGCAUAAGGCAGGCCGGUCCGAGGAGGCAGUGCGCUGGGGGGCCCGGGCCCGGAAACUCAUCCUGGCCAGCUUUGCUGUCUGGUGUGCUGUCCUUGUUCUGGGCCCCCUGCUGCUGUGGUUGCUCUCCUACGCCAUCGCUCAGGCUGAGUGACCCUGGGUGGCCUCUGCUGAGAGCCAGCCAAGACCACCUGGAUCCUGCAAUGCGGCAUUGCUAAGGUCCUGUGACAGCAGUGGUCCUGGUUGGAAGGAUGGGGACUCUCUCAAGGGGCUUUGGAAGAGCUCUUCUAGCCCUUUAUAAAAGGAGGGCAGCGGCUGAGACUGAUGAGAGAAAGGCAGCCUGCUCGGUUCUUUCAAGGUCCACCACCCCCAUCUCCCCUACCCCAGCCCACCCUAGGGCCUCUACCCAGCAAAGGGCGGCGGGAGUGGGGGUUGAAGACCAGAUCUGGUUUUAUUAGAGUUCGUUUUGUAAUAAAAGCCUUUUUAGUGGUGAAAUGUUCCUGUCUAAUUGUUCUCCCCCUGCUUUUCCUUGGGCCCUUGGUGAGAGCCAGACUGGACAUCUGACUGAUAGCAGAAGCCAGCAUCCACCUCAUCCAAGAGCUCCAAGAGAAGGAAAUAAUUUUAAUUUUCUUCUGGAAGUUUCCCAUCUUGGAAAGACCCCAGCUUCUCCCUUGUACAUCCACAGAGACUCUGAGGCCAAGAGUAGUAGCAGCUGCUACUAUUUAUUACUUACUAUAUUCCAGGCUGUGUUCUAAGCACUUUAUAUUUCUUUCUCCAGUUUUCAGUCACUUAGAUAGUAGGUAUCUGUACUGUCAUAUCCACCUUAUGAAUAUAUCACAUAUGAUAGGUACCUACUAUCAGUGAAAACUGGAGGAAGUGUUCUAAAAUGACAGUGUUUUCAUUUUAUACUUGAGGAAACACACAGAUUUGCACAAGGUGCUCAGCUAGUAAAUAGUAGAGCUGAGACUGAACCCAGACACUUUGGUUCCAGAGCUGAGAGAGGAAUGAAAGAGGUGGGUAACAGCAACAACCAUUCUGCACAUGGUGAUUUGAAUGAUUAAAAUGGAUUUUCAUAUCUUUUAUCUUGGGCCUCAUAGUAACAUUUAUAUCAUACUUACAGGAAAAUACCCAAGACAAUUAUACAGUUCUUUAAAUUAAUGCAAAGCAAAUGUGAAUAGCCACAUUCAGUAAAGAAAUUAGAACAUGCCCAACACUUCAAAGCCUCCUUUAUACUCCCAGUCAUUGCUGCUUCCUUUCUUCCCACAGGUAACCACCAUUCUGACUUCUAGCAAUGUUGUUUAAUUUUGUCUGCAUUUGAACUUUAUAUAAAUGGAAUCAUAUAUUCUUUUCAUGUU